AUGGUGAUGUCCCCGCGGCCGUGGCGCGCGCUGGUGGCCGUGUCCCUCUGUGUCCUGCUGUGCCUGGCGGCCGCGUACCCCCCGAAACCCGAGAGCCCCGGGGACGACGCGUCCCCCGAGGAGAUGGCCCGGUACUUCUCGGCCCUCCGCCACUACAUCAACCUGGUGACGCGGCAGAGGUACGGGAAACGCUCCAGCCCCGGCGCCGCGGUGGCGGAGCUGCUCCUGGGGGCCGGCAGUGACAGGUCACGGUUCGAUGACGACUCCUCGUGGUGA